AUGUUUUCUAGAUUUGCGGCUAGAUCUGUUCUACGUCCAACUUUAGGUUCAAGGUUAACUGUGAUCCGGUUGCUUAGUAAAGAAACUAAAAGUGCUAUUGAAGGCGCUAUUGGAUCGGCUCCUGUGGUUUUAUUUAUGAAAGGUACUCCAGAAUUCCCUCAAUGUGGAUUUUCGAGAGCUUCGAUUCAAAUUUUAGGUCAGCAGGGCGUUGAUCCAAGCAAGUUUGCCGCAUAUAACGUCUUGGAGCAUCCUGAGUUACGUGAAGGUAUUAAAGAAUACUCCGAAUGGCCAACUAUUCCGCAGUUAUAUAUAAAUAAAGAGUUUAUUGGUGGAUGCGAUAUACUCACGAAUAUGGCACAGUCUGGUGAACUAGCCGAACUACUAGAGAAAGAGAAGGUUCUCAUUCCAGAAGAAGAGUAA